AUGAUACAGAACAAGGGAAAUGUAGAUGACAUCUUCCAAAUUGGCAUCAAAAAAUGUCUCCAACCUAAUUCAAAUAUGAAUCAGAACAUUACUGGUAUUGAAGAAAUGAGUUUGUUUGAUCAUAAUUUGAUCGAUGAAGCGUUAAAAAAAAAAUACGAUAUUUCUGAAUACACCAAAACAGAUGUUGAUACUAAAAGUGACACAGAAUAUUGCUUAAAUAGUGGCACAGCCAUUGACAAAUAUAGUUACAAGGGUACUGACAUAGAUGAUGACACAAAUGUUGAUUGUGACGCCUCUGUUGACACAGGAUCUUGCACCUUUAUUGACACAGAUAGUAAAAUAUAUAGUGUCACAGAAAGUGGCAAAGAUAUCAGCACAUAUAAUAAAAAAAUUAGAGACAAUGAUAGUGACACAGAUGAUAGGGAAAAAUACAAAAGACAAAAGGAAACAGAUACGAAUCCAGUGAUUGUAGAGCAAUGUCGCCUGCUUUGUCUCGCUUGUUUUUCUGGGGAUCUAAAUAUCGUUCAAACACUGCUUGAACACGUCAACACAGACGCUCUGAACAACUGGUUUCAGUCUUCAAUAUGUUUAUAUUACAAGAAUCCGUUGAUAAUUGCUUGCGAAUAUGGAUAUCCAGAUAUUGUCACGAAACUGAUUGAAGCUGGGGCUGAUGUCAAUUCAAGUUUUCUCGAUGAAACACCUCUAACAACUGCUUGUAAAAAUGAACAGCACAACAUAGUAAGAGUGUUAAUAGAAUUGGGUGCUGAUGUCAAUUAUGAAGAUCCUUUACACAAUUAUACACCAUUACAAUAUGCAUGUCAAAAAGGAAGCACACUUUCAGUCGAAGAGCUGAUUAAAGCAGGGGCUGAUGUAAACCUUUCAAGACACGGUGAAACACCGCUAUUCGUUUCAAGUAAAAAUGGGCAUUUUAGCCUCGUAAAAAGGUUGAUAUUAGCAGGGGUUGAUGUAAAUAUAAAAAGCAAAGGUACAACACCGUUGAAUGCUGCGUGUGAUGGCCGCCAUUUCAAAGUUAUGAAACUAUUAAUGAAAUCAGGGGCUAAAGUCGAUCCAAAUGAAAAAGAUAAGAAUACACUUCAUUUUACGUGUCAUUUGGACCAUUUGAUUAUAGUCAACAAAUUGAUCGAAAUGGAGUCUUCUUUCCAUUUAAAUGAUACAAACAAAAUGUCAUUUAUAGCUGUGUGUAAUAGUGGUCAUUUAAAUGUAGUUAAAGAGAUGAUCAAAGAUGGAGCUGAUGUCAAUAUGAAAGAUGGAGAUAAAACACCGCUUAUAGUUGCGUGCUAUAAAGACCAUGUGCAUGUAGUUAAAGAACUGAUCAAAGCGGGUGCAGAUGUCAAUCUAAGAAAUGGUUUUAUAUCACCCUUGCAAGUUGCCUGUUAUGAAGGACAUUUGAGCAUAGUCAAACAGUUGAACAAAGUGGUGUUUGACAGCAGUCAAAUAUCUAGUGUCGCAAAAGCUCUAAUAGGUGCGUGCUUUUUUGGACGUUUAAGUGUAGUUAAAGAGUUGAUUGCAUGUCAUUUUGAAGUCAAUCUAAAACAUGGAAAAGCAACACCGCUAACGACUACUUGUUUUAUGGGACAUUUAGACAUUUUCAAAGAGUUGAUAAAAGAGGGCGCUGAUGUAAACCUAAACAAUGGAUGUGGAACACCUCUGACAAAUGCAUGCCAUCGUAAACAUGUUAAUAUAGUCAGAAUGUUAAUAAAAGAGAGGGCUGAUGUCAAUCAGAGCGAUGGGAACAAAACACCACUAACAGCUGCAUGCGAAUUUGGGCACUGUAAUGUGGUUGAAGAGCUGAUCAGGGCUGGGGCUGAUGUCAAUCAAAGCGAUGGAAACAAAACACCACUAACAGCUGCAUGCGAAUUUGGGCACUGGAAUGUGGUUGAUGAGCUGAUCAGGGCUGGGGCUGAUGUCAAUCAAAGUGAUGGAAACAGAACACCACUAACAGCUGCAUGCGAAUUUGGGCACUGGAAUGUGGUUGAAGAGCUUAUCAGGGCUGGGGCUGAUGUCAAUCAAAGCGAUGGAAACAAAACACCUCUAACAGCUGCAUGCGAAUUCGGGCACUGGCAUGUGGUUGAAAAGCUGAUCAGGGCUGGGGCUGAUGUCAAUCAAAGCGAUAGAAACAAAACACCACUAACAGCUGCAUGCGAAUUUGGGCACUGUAAUGUGGUUGAAGAGCUGAUCAAGGCUGGGACUGAUGUCAAUCAAAGCGAUGGAAACAAAACACCACUAACAGCUGCAUGCGAAUUUGGGCACUGUAAUGUGGUUGAAGAGAUGAUCAGGGCUGGGGCUGAUGUCAAUCAAAGCGAUGGAAACAAAACACCACUAACAGCUGCAUGCGAAUUUAGGCACUGUAAUGUGGUUGAUGAGCUGAUCAGGGCUGGGGCUGAUGUCAAUCAAAGCGAUGGAAACAAAACACCACUAACAACUGCAUGCGAAUUCGGGCACUGUAAUGUGGUUGAAGAGCUGAUCAGGGCUGGGGCUGAUGUCAAUCAAAGCGAUGGAAACAAAACACCUCUUACAGCCGCAAGCGAAUUUAAGCAUGGGUAUAUAAUUCAUCAGGUGAUAGCGGCUGGGGCUAAGUCAAUGAAAACGAUUGGAACAGAAAAUUGA